GGGCGGGGCGGCGGCCGGGGGCGCCCGCUCCUCCCACUGCGGGCGGCCGGUCUGGCGGCGCCGAGCCCCCUGCGCGCGGCACAUGGGGCGCCUGACGGAGGCGGCGGCAGCGGGCGGCGGCGCUUCAGCGGCGCGCUCGGCCGGGUCCCCUCCCGCUCCCCUGCCCCUCUCGUCCACGUCCCCCGGCUGCGCGGCCGCCAUGGCGUCCAGCGAGGAGGACGGCACCAACGGCGGCGCCUCGGAGGCGAGCGAGGAGAGGGAGGCUGUGGGCAAGCGGAGGCGCCUGGGCUUGUUGGCCACGGUCUGGCUCACCUUCUACAACAUCGCCAUGACCGCGGGGUGGUUGGUACUGGCUAUUGCCAUGGUACGUUUUUACAUGGAAAAAGGAACACACAAAGGUUUAUAUAAAAGUAUUCAGAAGACACUUAAAUUUUUCCAGACAUUUGCCUUGCUUGAGAUAGUCCACUGUUUAAUUGGAAUUGUACCUACUUCUGUGAUUGUGGCUGGGGUCCAAGUGAGUUCAAGAAUCUUCAUGGUUUGGCUCGUUACUCACAGUAUAAAACCAAUCCAGAAUGAGGAGAGUGUGGUGCUUUUUCUGGUCGCGUGGACGGUGACAGAGAUCACUCGCUACUCCUUCUACACAUUCAGUCUUCUCGACCACUUGCCAUACUUCAUUAAAUGGGCCAGAUAUAAUUUUUUUAUCAUCUUAUAUCCUGUUGGAGUUGCUGGUGAACUUCUUACAAUAUACGCUGCCUUACCAUAUGUGAAGAAAACAGGAAUGUUCUCCAUAAGACUUCCCAAUAAAUACAAUGUCUCUUUUGACUACUAUUAUUUUCUUCUUAUAACCAUGGCCUCAUAUAUACCAUUGUUUCCACAACUCUACUUUCAUAUGUUACGGCAGAGAAGAAAGGUGCUUCAUGGAGAGGUGAUUGUCGAAAAGGAUGAUUAAAUGAUCCCCACAACAAGGUGCUUUUUCCAGAAUAACCAGGAUUACUUGAGUCCAAGUUUUAAUAACAAGAAUAAACAACUUGAUAAAUA